UCCAUCCUCGAUACCGAUCAGACCCUUCAAACCCCUCCAAACCCCUCCAACUUGACCCCUCCAUCCUCACCCCUCCAAACUCGCACCACACCAUGCCCGCCAUCGAAUCAACGGCAUCGCUCGGUGUUGCAGACGGGGAACUACCAUUUCCACCCGUUGCAAGAGACCACAUCCUACAUUGUUCCUACGGCUACUGGUUUCCGAAAUACCGCACCUCCUGCAUCCGCUCUCGCAUCAUCCCCUUGACCCCCGACUUCGCCGCUUGGUUGCACGAGGACGGUAUCAUCCUCGCAGACGAGGGCGACAAGAAGAGCAAUGACGAUGACACAACGACAUCCGACAACGACGACGAUGACUGGGAGCCCUCCUUUGCUACCUCCUCGUACCCACCACCACCCCGCGAUGACAACGACGUCUCUGAUUCCGACUCGGAAACCGACGAACACCAACCAGCGCGUCAACCACCAGACGUACGCUUCCCCGCCCUUCACGCCGAGAUAACCUCCGCCAUCAGCGCCCUGGGCGGCGCCGUAGCUCCCAAACUCAACUGGUCCUCCCCCAAGGACGCCACCUGGAUCUCACGCCACCCCAACACCAUGAAAUGCACCUCGGCCAACGACGUCUACAUCCUCCUAAAAUCCUCCUCCUUCAUCUCGCACGACCUAGACCACGCCUUCGACGACACCGUCCCCGCACCCUCCCCCUCCACCACCACCCCAAACAACACCACCAGCAACCACCACCCCGAUUUCAAACCCGUCCUCGUCCUCCGCACCUUCUUCAACCCCCUCCCAUCCCUCGAAUUCCGCUGCUUCGUCAAGGCCCGCACCCUCAUCGCCAUCAGCCAGCGCGACCUGAACUACUACGCCUUUUUGGACGCGCUGCGGCCCCAGAUCGCCCAGCGCGCGCAGGAGCUCUUCCGCAAGAUGCGCUUCACCUUCCCCGACGGCAACUUCGUCUUCGACGUGUACAUCCCCGAGGCCGAUUAUGAUGAUGAUGGCGACGACGGCCAGCAGGCGUGGGGCGAGCGCAAGGUGCUCGGCCGGGCGCGCCUCAUCGACGUUAAUCCGUGGGCGCCGCGGACGGAUACGCUGUUGUUUGAUUGGGGGGAGUUGCUGGGGCGGGAGGUGGCGCGGCCGUUGUUGGGGUCGGUGGAGGGGAUGCAAGAGGAGGAUGAGGAGGAGGAAGAGGAGGGGGAUGAGGGGAGUUUGGCGACGGAUGAGGAUGACGAGGAGGAGAACGCGGAGGAGGAGCAGCAGCCCGAGGUGAGGCUGGUGGAGCACGACGAUCCGGCGGCGUACAACUUCAGCUCGCCGCAGUAUUCAGCGCACAAGCUGCCCAAGGAUGUGGUGGAUGCGAGUUUGGCUGGGCAAGGCGGGAUCAGGGAGUUUGCACAGCGGUGGCAGAGGAUCACCGAGGGCAGGGAGAGGUAGCGAGGCGGGGCUGGGUAGAAAAAACAAUGGCGUAAUGGUUACCCCCGUUUUUUCCCCUUCUACUCGGACGGCGGAAUCAGGGACAGUAAACAAAACGUACAGGGAAAUAAAAAACCUAGACAGCGGGAGAUGAGUACAUACAGCCCCUUCAAUACGAGAUAGAUAUAA